AUGGCAGCGAACUUUUCCAAACUAAUUAUCGGGAUUCUGUGUGACAACCAGGGAUGUUUGGACUUCGGGCAGCUGAAUGAGCUGGCGCACAGUCAUUUCGGCUUUGAAGUGGAAGACUUGCAGUCUAUUCUCUUCGAUGACGGGUUAAUAGCGAUCCAAGAGGACAAACAGCAAGUCUCCGGCCUUAACGAACUCAGUCCAGAGGGUCUGGUGGUGGCUAAAACCGCACUGAGGAUUUGCCAGAAAAAAUACGUACAGUGCGCGAAGUGCGAUGGGUUACAUCUGUGCAAGUAUUUUGUUUGUGGAGGCUGCACUUUUGGACCAAAGUGUAAAAACCCACACAGCCUGGAUUCCCCACACAAUACAACGGUUUUGGAGAGAUUUGGGCUUCAGGAAUUGACUGAAAAACAACUGUUCCAACUCUUACUGCAGAAUGAUCCUUAUCUUCUUCCAGAGGUGUGCUCACAUUACAACAAGGGAAAUGGUCCAUUUGGCUCUUGCCAAUUCACGACCUCCUGCACAAAGCUCCACAUGUGCCAGCACUCCCUCCAGGGUGACUGUAGGUUUGGGUCUUCGUGUAAAAGAAACCAUCAAUUUACCGAGAAUGAAAUGAAGCUUUUCCGGGGCUAUAGCGAGGAGAAUAUUCAAAAUCUUUACAAGAUCUACAGAAAUAAACUCAUCAUCAUGGGCAAACACGAGAGGCAAGCUGUGGUUCUCCCAGCUCCUCCAAAGAUGAACGUUCCACAGCCUCCCCCCUGCAACCCCGGAUCUCCCACCAAGCCUGUGUGUCCAAAACCAGUAAGUGCUGCUGGGAGGAAUGAAAUCUUGCAUAACAUUUGCACGUCCCGCUGCUUCAAAGAGGCUUGUGGUCAUGUUCACUGGGGUCUGCCCUACAAAUGGGAGGUUUUAGACCAAGAUUGUGUGACUUGGAAGGAGUUGCCCAAUAUGGAGGACAUAGAGAAGGCAUACAGUGAUCCUUCACGUGACACAAGCGCCGUGUGUCUACCGCCAUCUGCUUCAAGGUCUGUGUCUAACAUUAAGAAGUGUGUUGACUUUAAAACCAUGACAUAUGGAGGGUCUAAAGUCCGUCGCCUGCCCACAGCCUCCUCUGUCUUACACCCAUCACACUUUACUCUCCCAACACAGUGGGUUUGGUACUGGCAGCAUGAGAAAGGGUCAUGGCUCGGGUAUGGACAGGGUGGGGGCGAUGUCACAGUCACUUCUCACAGCCUGGAAAAGAUGUACCUGGAAAACCGGGAGAAGGAGAUUCCUUUCCAGGCUGGUGAACAUAAAUACGUUCUCCAUUUGAAUGAUGCAGCAGGAACCCAGCAGAUGUUCCAGCAGAAUGUCGAACACAAAACCAAAAGAGAGGUGCGAAGGAGGCCUCGCUUUGUGUCUGCUGAGGAUGUGAAGAAGGCCAAAAACUCCAGCAGCUCUUCCACAGAUUCAGUUGUCCCAUCUCACUGGGACAAGAAAGCCCUGCCUGAUUUGGGGUUUGAGUUCGUGCUCCUCUCCAGCUCCUCGCCAGAUCAUAACAUGAUCCAGACAUUGUUCAAAUGCACCAUGCCUCAAAGCAAAAUCAAAAGCAUCCAGAGGAUUCAGAACCCCUCUCUGUGGAAAUCUUUCCAUUGCCAGAAAGAGCAGAUGCAGAAGACGAAUGGUGGGAAAACUGUGGAUGAAAGAUAUUUGUUCCACGGGACAGAUGAGCGCCUGGUGGAUGAGAUUUGCGAUCAAAACUUUGACUGGAGGGUGUGUGGAUCUCACGGGACAGUGUACGGCAAAGGGAGCUAUUUUGCCAAAGAUGCAUCCUACUCUAACGAGUACUCCAGAGCCAAAGGUGGUCGGAAUAAGGUCAUGUUUGUCGCUCUGGUCCUGGUGGGGGAAUACACGCUGGGUAGACACAGCUACGUUCGACCACCACCGAAGAAGGGCAGCAGAACUCUCUACGACAGCUGCGUCAACUCGGAGACCAACCCCAGCAUAUUUGUUAUCUUUGAAAAACAGCAGAUUUACCCAGAGUAUUUAAUCAAGUACCAGUAAAUCAAAUCCUCUGCAGUUUGAUCUGGAAACGGUUUAGUGGAGGGAAGCGUUUAAGUCUGAUUGCUGCCAUCGUUGGUAUUUGGGUAUUCUAUCCAAACUAGAACUUAGUCAAGUUCAAAGUCACAAUUUUAAACAGAAAUCUGCUCACAAAAGUUCAGCAGCAGAUAUGUGACAAGUUCUAUUGGGCCUCUGUUUCCUUUCAUGUUACUUUUCAUCACAGAGAAGUUUGAUUAAAAUGUAAAAAGUUUGUGCAAAUUAAGAGUUAUAGAGGUGCAGCUGCUUCCCCAUACUGACCACCUUUACACACGUCAUUUAGGAUCUAAUAGUCUGACAUUUAGCUCAUAAAGAGUGAAACAUCCCAAGGUGGCACAGCUUUAAGGGAACACAAAAACAAUAAAAGGUAUAAAUACAAAUCCAAAUACUCAUAUUAAGAGCUAAUGUUAAACUUGAAUGAAAAAACAUGAUUUCAAGAUCAGAUUUUUAUCAACAGUAUGAAGCAAUCAUCCAUCAGCUGGGGGCUCUAUUGAGUUUAUUAUGUUAAUGGACAUUUUAGUUGGAUGGAAAGUAAAAGUUCAUACCUUAAAACCAGAUUUAUUUGCAGUUAUGGGAUUAAAAGGGCAGGUAAACGUAAAAUGACCUAAAAAGAUUGUCUCAUAAUGUGGAAAGCAGUGUUUUGCUCGUUUGAACUAAAUAUAUUUUUGGACUUUUAUUCUGAAAAUGUUAAUAAACAUAACAAACUUACCAUUUUGA